AUGAGUAGGUUUCUUUCACUCUUAGUACUUUCUAUGUUGUUCACAACAUCCUAUGUUUUGGUUUGUGCAGACAAUGCUCUGGCUUCUUCUCCCAAGUCAUCAUCAGUUUCGCAGUCGCCGGCGAAACCACCGUCUUCGGUUUCCGUUCCUCCGGUACAGUCUCCCACGGCUUCUAAAGCAGCAUCCCCUGCAAAGUCUCCAACUUUAUCUCCGCCUUCACAAACUCCGGCGGUUUCUCCAUCUGGGUCCACCUCUACCUCACCGCCGGCGAAGUCUCCGACUGUUCAGCCACCGUCUUCCGUUUCCCCGGCUAUCAGCCCAUCCACCAAUGUGUCUUCGCCCCCGGUUCAAUCCCCGUCCACUCCUCCGCCAACUGCAGCGGUGGCUCCAGUAACUAGUCCUGUCGGGUCCCCAACCGUUUCUUCUCCACCAGAGGCUUCUUCGGGGGGUAUCCCUUCAAGUUCGGCUACUCCGGCUGAUUCACCGGCGACACUUCCGUCUAGCAAAUCGCCGCCUGGAACUGCACCGUCGAGUUCUUCACCGGAGACUUCUACACCGGGUCCUAUCGGAGAUGAUUCGGGUUCAUGGUCAAUUUCCGGGGCUCCGGUUGUUUUGUGCGGGUUGGCUCUUUGGGUUGCCUUGUCUUUCUGA